AUGUCCACGAAUCUGAAAGAAAUCGAUACAACUAUAAUUCCAUGGAAAUGUAUACAAGAGGAUGGGCUGGAUCUUGAAUAUGCAAAAGUAAUACCUACAUUAAUCGCCAACAGUCUAUACAAUGAACUGGAAGAUACUUUAGAAUAUUUCACUGGAGAUUUAUCGAAAAUUAAAGUAUUCGGUAAAGUUUACCCUUUGCCUAGGCAACAAGUUGCAUACGGCAAUCCAGGCAUAACUUACACUUAUUCGGGUAUCACUGUACCAGCUUUGCCUUGGCCUGCACCUGUAAUCGAGAUAAGGAAUUUGCUCUUCAGAAUCAAAGGAAUACUUUACGACUUCGUACUAGUAAACAAAUAUAAAAAUGGUAAUGAUCAUAUGGGUGAACACCAAGACAACGAACCGGAAUUAGAUCCUAACUACCCUAUAGCCUCCGUAUCAAUAGGUCAAGAGAGACCAUUUGUGAUGAAGCAUAAAGAUGCUAGGAAGCCAGGAUCAAAUAAAAAACAAAUUCCUCCAGGUUAG